GCAAUUCACCCAACAAAGUCAAUCAAAAUCCAUUUUGUUUCUUCAAAAUCUGUGCUGUACUUGGCAUCAACAGAGCUUGAAAAAAAAAAGAUUGAAUGAAGAUGAUGAACGACGUCGUCCAAGCUUCUUCUGCUGAUCAUAACAAGGAAGAAGAAGAAGAAGAUGUUCCACUUCCUGGGUUUCGGUUUCAUCCUACAGAUGAAGAGCUCUUAGGGUUUUAUCUCCGACGAAAAGUCGACAAUACACCCCUCAGAAUCGAGCUUAUCGCACAGAUCGAUAUCUACAAAUUCGAUCCAUGGGAUCUCCCAAAGACCAGCGGUUCCGUGGGAGACGGUGACUCGUAUUUCUUCUGCAGACGAGGAAGAAAGUACAAAAACAGCAUUAGACCAAACAGAGUGACGGGGUCCGGAUUUUGGAAAGCUACGGGCAUCGACAAGCCGGUUUAUUCGCACCGAGAUCGUCGAGGAUCGUCCGGUCAUCUUCAAGCCUGCAUCGGGCUAAAGAAAACGUUAGUGUACUACCGUGGAACUGCAGGGAAGGGCACCAAAACCGAUUGGAUGAUGCAUGAGUUUCGCCUUCCCAACGACGCCGGUCUUUCCGAUCCCAAAUCUCCUCCACUAGAAGCUGAAGUGUGGACUAUUUGUCGAAUAUUCAAGCGGAACGCAUCGCAAAGGAAAUACACACCGGACUGGAGAGAAAUUGCAGCGAAACGCAGUUCGAGUGCCACACCGAGUGCUCAAAUCCGCAGUCUGGGAUCCGACACUCACGAGAAUUACAUCGCCUUCGGCUCUUCGGUUGCUCGAAGCUGCGACGAGAAGCCGGUUUUCGGAGCUAUCAGUGGAAGAAACCAAUGGCAUGCAGAGCAAUUGAGCAGCUUGGCUCAAACUUCAUCAAUGGCAUCAUCUUCGAGCCAUACAAAUUGUCCAGAAAAUAAUGAUUUCUUCACUCAUGCAAACUGGGAUGAGCUCAAGUCAGUUGUAGAGUUUGGUUUUGAUCCCUUCAGUGUGUAAAUAAUGGGUUUUAUAGAGGUUGUAUUUAAAUUAACUUUAAUUCUAUUGUAUUAGUUUAAAUUAUCAAACAUUAAUAUAUACCCGGAUUUGGCAUUGAUGGUUG